AUGUCAUUACCAGCACAUUUGCAGCAGACUUUCUCAUCAGAAGAGAUACAAUUUAUUGUGGAAAAUGAACCGAUAAAGAUUUUUCCCAGAAUAACAACACGCCAAAAAAUUCAUAGGAAUGAUAGAGGAGCAGGAAACUAUACCAGCUGGCAACUGAUUACUACGGAUGAUAAAGCUUUAAAUAAUAUGGUAGCUAUGCGUUCCACAGAAGUAGCUCUUUGGAUCGCCCUUCUAUUGAAGCAGCAAUCCAAGUGUAGUAUCGUAGCACCACAGUGGUUAACAACGAAAGAGCUCGAUAAAAAAAUACAGUACGAGAAAACUCAUCCUGAUAGGUUUAGUGAACUGCCGUGGAAUUGGCUUGUUUUGGCGCGUAUACUUUUCAGUAAAGCCAAGGAUGAUUUUCAUGAUCCCAUUCACGAAUUACGCGGUAAAAUACAAGAUUUAAGGGAAAUAAGGCAGGCUAAAGUGUUGAAAGGUCUUAAAUAUCUGAAUGAGUCUCAUUUACAAUUGGAUAAUCUGAGCCUUCUAGAAAUCAAUGAGCUGAGGCCGUUCAUUACUGAAAUCAUGGACAAACUUCGAGAAAUUCACUCCGCAUCUCUUACCGGUGGUGAAAACGAUGAAGAAUUCAAUACUUAG